CCCCUCUCCCUCUCUCUCUCGCUCUCUCGAACCAGUUUCAGCUUCCUACGAUGGAAGCUUUUCUUCACUGCUCCCAAGAAACCUGAAAGAAUCCCUAGGGUUCACAGCAAUCGAUCCAUCCACGCUUCCUAAAAGAAUCCCUAGGGUUCUCGGCAAUCGAUCCAUCCACGCUUCCUCCCGAGCCCGGAAGGUAUCCACUUUCUUCUCCUCUUUUUCCUCCUCCGCCGUCUCGUCUCCUCCCAGAUCUGAAGCUACCGAUCCCCUCAAAAACCUCGAUCACAUCACAUUUCCCCCAAAUCCUCCGCCCAAAAAAAAAAAGUGGAAUUUUUCUGAGAAAACGCCGCUCUUAAAGAGAAGAGAUGGAGAAGCACCGAAAAAUCCAGAUAACUCUUGGUGUCAUCUCUCCGUUUCUAGUUCUGCUACUCCUUUACGCAGUGUACUGUUGUUUUCGGAGGAGAUUCGGAUGGAGAAGGGAGAGGGAGUCGUUGGAGGACGGGGGAUUUCGGUACGACAAGGAGGAGGGAGUAAAGGAGGCGGAGGGGCUGAUAGGAUUCGCCGGAGGGGAGCAUCUUACGGUCCAUGACAUCCUGGACGCGCCGGGGGAGGUGGUGGGGAAGUCUAGCUAUGGGACUCUCUACAGGGCCAGCCUCCAGCGGAGCGGCUCGGUGAUGCUCCUCCGGUUCGUCCGUCCGGCCUGUGUCGGCCGGACCAAGGACAUCCUCCCGGCGAUCCAGAUGCUGGGGCUUAUCCGGCAUCCGAAUCUGGUCCCCUUGAGGGCGCUGUAUGUAGGGCCAAGAGGGGAGAAGCUCUUUGUCCACCCGUUCUAUGCCGCCGGGACUCUGUCUCAGUUCCUCCGGGAUGGAGUUGCUGAAUCCCAAAGAUGGGAAGUUAUUUAUAAAUUAUCUCUGGGUAUCGCCAAGGGACUCGAUCACCUCCACACUGCCCUGCAGAGGCCUAUUGUCCAUGGCAAUCUCAAGUCCAACAACGUUUUACUGGAUGUUGAUUUCCAGCCUCGCCUCUCAGAUUUUGGCUUGCACCUCCUCUUGAAUCCGACAGCAGGACAAGAAAUGCUUGAAAUCUCUGCAGCUCAGGGCUACAAAUCUCCAGAGCUAAUUAAGAUGAAGGAUGCCAGCACAGAGAGUGAUAUCUACAGCUUGGGUGUUGUGUUACUUGAGAUGCUGACUCAGAAGGAGCCUAUGAACAACAAGUUCUUGCAUUCUCAGGAUCUUCAUCUGCCAACCUCCUUAAGAAACUUGGUACUCGAGCACAAAAUCUCUGAUGUGUUCAGCUCGGACCUCAUCAAUCAGAGUAGGAAACAAAAGUCCACUAAUGAAGACAGUUUGUUGAUGUUCUUCCAACUAGCGAUGGCUUGUUGCUCUCCUUCCCCUGCUUUGAGACCGGAUAUCAAGCACAUUGUCAAAAGACUCGAAGAAAUUGGACAGUGACAAUUGCCAAACUUGUGUUGGCAGCAGUGGAAGUGACAACUUUUCUUUGCAGUCUGGAAAUUUGUGCUAUUUUGUUGAUGAAGACAUCAAGAACCACAAGGAUAUUGACAAAAAAGAUGGGGACUAAUUUAAUCUUUCUUCUGAGCAACCAACCUACAUGCCUCGUGACCUUUGAAUCAGCAGCCUCAGCAACCCGAUGAUGGUGGUGUGGGCCAUAUCUUGGUUGUGUUGGGCCUUUUUUUUUUGUUGCCGAGGAACUAACAGUGCAGCAAUCAGGGGAUUCCAUUGGAUCCUUUCUGAUUCUAUCAGUUGAACCACUGACAUUGUAUAGCUUUUACAAAUCAAAUUGAGGAAGGACACAGCACAACCAGUGUGUAGAACAGCAAGUGCUCGCAGAACUUUACUGUGGAAUUCUUCUGAAUUUCCCUUCGGCUCUAUUGAGAAAUAGCUUGAGCUUUGGAGUUGUCCGUCAUGAAAUACAAAACCGACACAGACCUAUGACAUCAGUCUACUUUCAUCUUUUAUCCCAGAUUCUGGGUUCGCUUCUUCGACCGCGUCCUUUUAUUUUGAUGCAUUAGAGAGGAAUCAUGUGACAGGGAACCACUCUUGUGUCUCUUAGCCAAGCUGGCUUGGCUGGAAGCUGAGGAUCCCAUCCCUUCUCUGCACGGUUUGUUUCAAAAAUUAUGUCACCAGCCGAGGAAUACAAACAUAUCUAAGCACAUGGCUGGCAUUCCUUCCGUGUUGAUGCAGCUUGCCCAUGCAUGCUUCUCUCGAUCCCAGAAAUAGGGAGAGGCAAAUCAGCUGUUUAGAGGGAUAAUAUAGCCAGAGAUACUGGAUUAGAUGGUAAUUGUUCCAUGCAUUCUAAAGCUAUGGUUUUUCAACUCAGGUGAUUCUGGGAUGCAUCCAGUGCUCUUAUGGUCGUAUGCAUGCUUGAAGGAUGAUUGAAUUUUCAAAGAUUCCCUCUUAAAUCUCCACAGUGGAAGUUUUGUCUUUACCAAAAUCAAGACUGUCCUCAGGGAUGUUUACAAAAAUGCACUGUUGCCAAUUACUUUGUGGUGUUAUUACAUUGAUCCGAAACCCCACCUGUAUUGUAUACUGUGGUGCGAGAAGUGCACGCACCUUUCUAUAUACCUCUGUGCAUGUGGUAGCUCACGUUUCAGUAUUAUAUGUCCCAAUCCAUCCUCAACAGUUCUGCCAACUGGAUGCUGGUUCACAUGUUUUGGUCAGUUCAAUAAUCUUUCUUAUUAUGUUGGACAGAUUACGACAAACUAGUCUUUGUUUUUUUGGUACAUAGUAGAAACUAGUCUUUAAAG